CUCCCCCUCCCUCCCUCUCUCUGUCUGCAGCCAGACGCAUCUGGACUCGGUGCGAACCGGAGUGCUUCUUUUUGUAUUUAUUUAUGCAUCUUAUAUUUAAAACUGCGUGGUGAUUAUAGUGUUUUAGUGAGUAAAAUAAUGACUUCUCGUCGCUGAAAGAUCCACUGAGGGGGUUAAAACUUUUUCUAAGCACUCAGAGGAGGAUAACUCUGAACUGGCGCUGGAAUACUUGGGAAAAUAUUUGGGAAUUUUGGACCUUUAACACAAAAGACAGCCUGCUUUUUUUUCUACAGAAAUUAUAAACUAUAAGAAUAAACUACAUGAUAGGCUACCUCAAGCUCUCCACGCUGUCUCUGCAGGAACAUCAUGGGAAUACUGGAGUGAUUUUUCGGGGCGGAGGGGUUUGCUGGACAGUGUUAUUUCAGAGCAGAGCUGAUCUGAGGGCAGAGGGGAGCUAAAUGCGGCUGACUGGCGACCCUGCACCGGGAACCAUGAACAGCAGCAGCGGGUCUGGCAACUUUCUGCUGGUCCCCAUACCGGAGUAUCCCCUGCUGGACUGUGUGCCCAACAAGACGGUGAAGAUUGUGGUGCUGGGGGCGAGCAACGUCGGGAAAACCGCUCUGAUUGUCAGGUUUCUGACCAAGAGGUUCAUCGGGGAUUAUGAAGCAAACACUGGAGCGCUCUACUCCAGAAAGGUCACACUGGAUGGGGAGGAAGUGUCACUUCAGAUCCAGGAUACUCCCUGUGUCGCUCUUCAGGAUGAUGCUGAGGGUCUGUACUGCCAGGAGCAGAUCAACAGGUCAAUCUACUGGGCAGACGGUUACGUGCUGGUUUUCUCCAUCACAGACCACAACAGCUACCGCACCAUCCAGCCGCUGUACCAACACGUCAGACGCAUACACCCCUCUGGAAAUAUACCUGUUAUACUGGUCGGCAACAAGAGCGACCUGCUCAGAGCCCGACAAGUGCCGUCAGACGAAGGCGAGACGUUAGCAGCCUCACUAGGAGGGGUUUACUUUGAGGCCUCGGCCAGAGAGAACCACGAGGGAGUCCACACCGCCUUCCUACAUCUCUGUCAGGAGGUGAUCCGGGUGCUGGGAGGAGGGAACGGAGAGAAAAGAAGAGGAGGCCUCCAUCUGGCCAGACCCAAAUCUCCCAACAUGCAGGAGCUGAAGAGGAGGUUCAGGCAGGUCCUCUCCUCCAAAGUUAAGUCUGCCACAACUCUCUGAUUGCAGGAUGGACACGUGGCAAAGAUAAGAGCUUCCAUGCAAAUAAAAAGGUUCUAGUCCUUAUUUGAUGGAAGGCUGAAGAAAAAUGGCAAGAGGCCUCAAUAUCGAAGACUUGUGACUUUUAAAUUUGGGAAUUAAAUCCGUUAAUGGCAUAAAAAGGCACGGCUGACCCUUUCUGUAGUGAUCAAAGCAUUUUAAAGAUCACAUCGUCAUCAGACGGAUGGAUAAAGACGAAGACUGAAUGGAGCAUUCUGGCAGAUAAGCUCUUCUCUGUGUUUUGGACGAAGCUCACGGUCAACAUGACCUCUUCCCAGGUUCAAGUACAACAAGGAUGCUGCUUAAAGUGAACAUGUCAAAGACUGCUAAACAAACAGCUUGUGUUGUGUCAGAAACUUGGCAUGUUUACUAUGAAGGACAGUGAGUGUGACAGGGUCACUGUAAACCUUCCCACAAUUCAUGUCUCAGUUUUCUUGAGGCUGAAAAAUCUCUCUCAAUACAUCACAUUCACAUCAAAUUAUUAAAGAACCAGUUGUUUUUAAUGUCCUUUCAUAUAACAUAGUCUCAUUUUCCCUACCUGUUCCAGUUUCCUCUAUUUUGGUUUUAAUUGAGAAUUUUUUGUCGACUUUGCAACUAAAUGAAGCUUAAAAGACUCCUUUUUCCAUUUGGGUCAAGUUUGUUAAUCCCUGUGAGAACAAUGCCAGAUUUCAACUUUGUUGAUACCAAAUAAAUUAAAUGCGAGUCUCCGUCCUCUCUGUUGCAGACUUACUUAUAUUAAGAAAGUAAUCUGAACCAAAACAGGAAAUGACCCCAAAACACAAGCAUUCAAGGCUUUGCACUGAGAUAAAUGCUGACAUUUGACAGCCGGAAGGGAAGCCUAGGAUAACAAAACAGCAUGAGGACCAACUCCUGAUAUUUAUGGAAGACGACAGCUGCCAAUAAUAAAAUGCAAUCGUUUAAUCAAAUUAAAAUGUCAUUUUCCAUUUGUGCACAAUGUAUGACACAGUUAAAGUUCAGAAUUUAAAAUCAAAUUUUAUUUGAAAAAACAUAAUUACUGCCAAAACAAAACUUAAAUUGACAACUUUAUUGACAAAUAAUUUCCAGUGUACUCAAGAGCAUAACCUUGCGUGAUAAUUAUAUUUGAAUGUAAAAUUUACUUUUGCUUUCACAUUUGCAGAUAAUAUGCAGCCUAAACUUGAAAAUGGAACUUAACUGUUGAAAUAUGUCCUUUUAGAUUAUUUCUAAUGAAAGUUUUUAUAAUAUCAGGACCUUUUUUGUGAAAUUUGUUAAGGCAUACUAGAGGUUUUCAAACUGUGAGGCGCCUCCCCAGGGGGGCACGAGAGAGUUAAAGGGGAGGCACGGAGGGAGAGAGAUGAGGCAAAUAUACAGCAUGAGGUGAAAGGGACAGGUGCGUCAAAAUUUCUUGGAGUCAUAACUCAUUAAUCUGGACACACAGACAUGAUAUAGACAUAGGUUUUGGUUUAGUGUGACUUACACUUCUCCACUAUCUAUCUCCGAUGUCUAUUGCAAAUAAACGUCCAUAGAUCUGCUUAUAAAUCAUCAUCAAUCAAGCCUGAGAAUCACCACAUUUUUAAGUUUUCUUCAGUAUCAAAGUAAUCCAGUGAUAGUUGUCUAUACAUCCAUGGAUACAUUGCAAAUAGGAACUGCUAAUAGCUAAUUCGGCAUAUUUUUAAAGGUCCAUUAUGUAACAUUUAGGAGGAGCUAUUGGCAGAAAUGGAAUAUAAUAUUUUUAAGUAUGUUUUCAUUAGUGUAUAAUCACCUGAAAAUAAGAAUUGUUGUGUUUUCAUUACCUUAGAAUGAGAUAUAUAUCUACAGAGGGAGCGGGUCCCCUUCCACGGAGGUCGCCAUGUUGCACUGCCAUGAUACCACUAAAUCCUACAUACAUAUCUUUAAUGGUGCCAAUUAGCCAAAUAUAAGCAAAAAAACGCAGUUGUCUAGAUUUUGUCUGAGAGGGGCAGCACAGUGUCAGAUUUUGAAAGCCCCAGAGGUAAACUGUUAUGAAAUUGGCUAUUAUUAAACUGACCAUUUACAUUUAAUUUUCAUUCAAAAUUUGUGUAAAAAAAUUGAUUUUACAUUUUGUAUUUGAAUUGUGUCACACAACAUGCACACAUAAAAAUGGAGAAUGAUUUAUAAUUUCAAUAUUUUAAUAAUGGCAUCCAUAGGCUUCCAUAUUCAGCUGUUUAUUCAGGUGUUUUAGCUGGUAUGAACACAAGAGUCUAUUAAUGCUUUGCUUAAGUUACAAGAGCUGUAAUUAGAUUUGCUUUAAACCCCCAAAUUCAUCACCAAAAUCUCUAUAUAAUCUGGCAGGGUGACAUGCUGCCAAAACUUGGUCCAAUACACAACCUACUUGUGAAUCCAUUUGACUCUCAUUUACAAGCCCUAGUUUGCCUGUAUAUGUGACAAAGUAAACUUUUCCACUAUAGCUCAGCCCAGAGAAUCCAAACUUUGGGUGCGAAAGCACCCUUAAUGGCUCGCAGUCUGAAGAGUAUUUCAUUUAUAUUGUUUUUCAAGGAAGGUUUUAGGUGAGUUAGGUGAGGAAGGUGUUGUGUGGAGUUAAUGUUGCUCCAGAUGCCUUUGCUUAGAAGGAAUUUCUGGGCGAGUCACAGCUUCUUGGUACCAAGAGACACUGUGCUGAGCUUGAACUGUUGCAGGAAAGACAGGAUCCAGUAAGUCCAGAAUGUACCGAUUGUGUUCAUCCAAGGCUGCUAUUUAAUCGAUGGAAUUGAUGUAGCUAUAAAAACAGCCUUUGCUAUCUGUAAGACAAUGGGAAUUGGUUCAAAUAUAUAAAAGGAAGUUGGGAAGUG